UGAUUCAAAAACUUAAGAUUUGAAAUUCAGAAUUUAAUACUUUAAAAAUUCGACGCUGCAGACUGGUGUGAUUGGAGGCAAAACAUGCGCCGUCGGUGACAUUCGGGGGCAUGAUAAUCUUUGACUCCGUAUUUGCCACGAAAUGUUUUAAAAGUCGACUCUCAUUGAUAAAAUCAAAAAUUUUGGAUUCACGUGUCUAAAAAUUCUUUACCCUCAUCUUCUGGUGAUUUUCCCUGACACGUAGAUGACAUAGAGAAGUUGUCAUUUCUGAUUUCAAUUCGAAAUAAACCCUACUUCAUAGAAAUCAAGUCUACCUGUGCUUAGCACCAAGAAUAUCAAAAAAAGAGAAGUGAAGGUCUUCUAUUUCUAGAACUACUUUUACAAACUUCUUCUAGUACUAAGAAGUAUGGAUGAGUUGCACUUGUAUGAACGAAGUUUAUGUUACUACUAGGAGACGACGACGACCUUGAUGUGACGGCGACGCCGAGGCACCCUGCAAUUCCAUCCUCUUGCACCCUACAUUUUUUUCGAAAAAAAAUGAAGUUCUACUUGACUAAGAGGGUGGUGUGCGGCUUCACUCUUCUCAUCUGGGCCUUCUCCGAGCUAGAUCUAGUGGACGGCAGACGCAAAUACAACUUUCGUGGCAGUGCGAAAAAGGUUCUUUUGCUUCUGGUUUUUCUUCCUAUUCUUAUAUAAAGAAGAUCGGUCAUUUCGUCCUUUAAAGUGCAUUUUGUCCUUUAAAAUACUGAUUUGUUUUCAAAAAAUACUGAUCACAGGGACAGGAAGAGGAAACGCCUGGAGGUUCUUCCUCUUCGUGUGGCGGAGGCGAUAAGAUUAAGUAGAGCGCAACAGAUAGUUAGAGUCUAACAUUUCCUUUCGCGCACGAGGCCAUGUAUGUUGUUUCUAGACCUGAAGAUGAUAGAUUCUUGAGCGAUAAGAUUGAGAAUGAGGCUUAAAAUGAAUAUAAUGUCCUUCCACAAGGAUAAGGAAGAGAUCUUCAAAAAAACGAUAUCAUUACCUGUGAGCUGACCGUGUCGUAAAGCGUUUUAAUACUACACGCGUUUAUUUAGUGUUUUAGGUUAAGUUACCUCAAGUACUAGAGCAUGCUGAUACUACACUCGUUUAGUGCUACGCUUUGUAAUUGUUUCACUCGUUUCUUUCUUCUAGUUAGGUCUCUACCAGAGCAAUAAGUCGGGGUUCUUGGAAGGGCCGCUCUGCCUCUAAUACAGAACAAGGCGCCGUCGAUGCAAAGACUAGCACGAAGAAGAAAUCGACUAGCACGAAGAAAAAGUCGAAGAAGAAACCGACUCGCACGAAGAAAAAGAAAUCUUGGUUUUCUAGUAAAGGUAAUGACGACCACGACGAUGAAACUGAUGCUGAACCGUCAGAUGAAGACGGCGAUAAAUCUACGAAGAAGAAAGGCGUGAUAAGCAGGGUUGCCAGUUCUACCUGGAAUGGGGUAAAGUACGUUGCCAGCUCUCCAGUGAGAGGCAUUCGCUAUUAUGGCUACCACCUCCCCUAGUUCUUGUAAAAAUGGUCUGAUUUAUAUUUAGUAGAGACAAGCGAGAUGAGUCAUGAAUGGUAGACCCAGGUAACAAAAGAAUACAUCAUGGCUGCUUGUUUAACGCUCUAGAAGGUUUUCACAACGAUUGGCCUGGAUGAUAGUGGAGGCAGUGGGCACCUACAUGAGUUCUGCUCGAGUAGAAGUAGCUCCCUGCACUUUUGCUUACCUGAAGGUUUGUCGAGCGCUGCCAGUAUCAUAGAAAUACUGCCAGACCACGUCUCUACGGUCAUCAUGAACGAUGGCAACAGGGACAAAAGCAUGCAUCUCAUAACGAUUGCCGUCGUGCUUAAUCGUUUGCGUCGUUUUAGUUGCCUGGCCGUCGUGCUUCAGGCUUCCCGCUGGGCAAUCAAAUGUUCGAAGCGCGGGAAAUUGUAGACACAGGCAACAAAAAAAACAUGAUGAAUGAAUGAACUACAUAGAAUCUGCCGAGCAAUGGAUUCGUGUUAUCACAACUACAUACAAUGAUAAGUAACUCAUAGCAUUCAAUAGUAAAAAUACGACCCGCGAGAAGAUGAUGCCUCACUUCCAAAUUCCACUUCUAACCUGCCUUGGGCGGAAAAUUAAGUGGCACGAACAAGAAAGGCUUAAGGCUCGUCUUGAAAAUUUUUGAUUUCCCGAUGUAUGAAGGUAGAGAUGAUUCUAUCUUCUAAAUAAAACAACCGGUUAGUUUUCCCUCUGACUUUAGGUGUAUCCAUUCAGGCAAGAGAUACGCGUCUUCCUUUGACUAGUCCUAAAAAUUCAUCUCGAGAAGUGUCUGUGAAGACUUUUUGCUAAAGAACACUGUUUCUCUACUUGGGAGAAAACUACACUGAUCGUUUCUCUAGUACUUCUUGGGAGAAAACUACACUGAUCGUUUCUCUAGUACUUCUUGGGAGAAAACUACACUGAUCGUUUCUCUAGUACUUCUUGGGAGAAAACUACACUGAUCGUUUCUCUAGUACUUCUUGGGAGAAAACUACACUGAUCGCUUCUCUAGUACUUCUUGGGAGAAAACUACACUGAUCAGUCAAAUAUGAUAACUCGCAAGAUGAAUUAUGAAGCAAGCACGCUCACACACUCUAAUUCUAAAACGAAAGGGGAAAAAAAGGACUGCAGACUCGGACGAGGAGUCGGACUAGUUUCGAGGAUCCAGUAUUCAGUAUUACAGUAUUCAUACGACGAGAACAUUCAGAAUGUAAAACAUCAGAAACAGAAUGUAUAUCUUCUAAAAAAAUGUACCCAAAGAAAUCCAAGAUUGAUUGAUCAUAUGGAGAUUACUCAUAGUUGGCGCAACCUCUCACUCACUCGUGUCUAUUCCCACCCUCUUGUUGCGAUUAUGAUUGGUAUUUUAAUUAUCAUUCUCGUUACUUAUCGUUAUCGUUUAUUGUGGACAUCAUGAAGAAUUGUGAAAACUGGAGCAAAUCCAAGCACUAUCUUAAAUUCUAUCAUCUCCUAUCUUUCUACACAGUGACUUGGUCUUCGACUUGUAUAAAUUAGACAUGAGAAUAAAAAUCAUCAUGUUGUCUAAAAAAUUUGUAUUCACAACCUCCUAUAAUCUCUUAACACGAUCCGCGUAGAGUGGGCAAUAGCAACCCGUCCUAUCCUAUCCUAUCUCCUUCUAUCUUUCAACAUGUAAAAAAAGUAAAAGUCCUCUCGAAUAUAUUACAAGCAACCUCCCGGACUAGCACUUCUAGCUACGUAGCAGGCCUUCCGGAAAGUCACACAUUGUCAAAAAAAAUCCACUUGGAAAUGACUAUAGUACUAUUGUUGCAGUUCUUCACGUUGUCAC